AUGUUUGCCAAGGCCCUUCGUUUGUUCGCUGUAGCUCCCAAAGUUUCUUCCUUGCUCAUUCAUACAAAUGCUCGUGUGAUGUGCCCCAUUAUUAUCAAAAUGCCCAGCUUAUCUCCCACUAUGAAUGAGGGUGAGAUUACCAAAUGGUACAAAACGGAAGGUGAGGAGAUAUGCAGUGGUGAUCUUCUCUGUCAAGUUAAGACGGACAAGGCUGAGAUUGAUUUGGACACUGAAGAUGAGGGCAUUUUGGCUAAAAUUAUAAAACCUGAGCACUCCAUUAACAAGGUUAACGCUCCUAUUGGCCUUAUUGCCACUGAAGAUGAAGAAUGGGAGGACAUUCAAAAAAAUUGGGAAGCCCAUGUGCCAAAGCUUGACUAA